UUGAAACGGUAUUGGUGGAAAGCGUCGUCGGAAAAUUCAUUCGGCAGUAGAAAAAUCGAUAGGAGUUUCGUGCAAAUUUUACUAACGUCUGGUCGAGUAGUGCGACGGAUAAUUUGCGAAUUAAAACCAGUUUCAAUUAGGAUUUGAAUAAUUAAAAAAGAGCAUUGCUAUUUAAUCUACAGGCUAUUUCUUCGUUAGGUGUUUAAUAUAUCGAAGAUUAUCAACGCACCUGUUUUAACUAAACGAACUGAAUACACGAAAAAGAGUGGAUCCAUAAGGAAAAGUCUCUUGCUGCUGAAAAUUUUGCCUGGUGUGACACUGAAAACUUCCAUGCUAUUUUCUAUUCAAACUUUGGUUAAUCACAUUAGAACAUAUUAAGUGUUAAAACGUAUCUGUCAAACUCGGUUCUAAUACAAAGUGCAUAUCGUAACGGUUGAUGAGUCAUCACAGUGCAAUAAAAGUAUUUGCGAUUGUUCCGCUCACUCGCUCGCUGCUGUUGUUCCGGUGGUCUCUACCAAAUUUUAUCAAAACAACCUAUAGCCUAGUUGUGGAGUGCGAAGAGUGAAGAAGUGCGUUGCACCAGCAAGAAGGAAACGAAACGCCAAGGAAGUGGAAAUUGUCUACAUACUCUCGUGCGCAGCAAGGAAGGCAAAAUUUUCACCACGAAUAGGAACCCGAAAAUGCGCGCGCUAGGCAUAGCGCAGCCCAACAACCACCACCAGACGGCCGGCAGUUUGAGCAGUUCGCCGGGCAAUAGCAAAAUGAUCGACGGUAGCACCAUCACCUUGCCCAAGUCGGUCCUCGGCGGCGGUUCGGCAACCGGAGAUAGCCUAGGAGGUAAUGCCACUGCCUGUGGCAGCCAAUCGGGUGCGCAAGAUACCAUUUAUCUGUGCAAUUUCCGCGUAUCCGUCGACGGUGAGUGGCUCUGCCUGAGGGAGCUGCACGAUCUCGACAUAAAGGAUGGUCAUCCUAUCGUGCCCAGUAGAAGCGGUGGACAGCAUCAUGGCGGUUCCGGUGGCAUCGGUGACGGUGAUGGUUCGCUCAAUACUUUCGGUAUACUAGAGAAUGCGAAGUGCGAAGAGAAGAAUAUCGAGCGCGAUUGGGUUAACUACUACUCUCGCGAUCCGGCUUCCAUCGAGCGCAGUAAUUUGGUCAACAUCUGCAAACUGGUGGUCAAAGAACUACUGGAACAAUCGAUACGCUUCGGACGGAUGCUGGAUUCCGAUCAUCUACCUUUGCAGCAUUUCUUCAUCGUGCUCGAACACGUGCUGCGGCAUGGGUUGCGACCGAAGAAGGGUUUGCUGGGACCCAAGAAGGAACUGUGGGACAUCCUGCAGAGCGUCGAAAGGUAUUGUGUGGAAGCACAGGAUAUCACUUCCUCUGUGCGGGAUCUUCCCACAGUGAGGACACAUAUGGGUCGGGCCAGGGCCUGGUUGCGAUUGGCUCUGAUGCAGAAGAAAUUAGCUGAUUACCUGCAAGUUUUGAUCGAACGUAGAGAUGAUACGUUGUCCGAAUAUUACGAACCACAUGCGCUAAUGCUAAGUGAUGAGGUUAUCAUAAUCAUCGGCAUUCUGGUAGGACUCAAUGUAAUCGACUGUAACCUUUGUGUAAAGGAGGAAGAUUUGGACUCUCAGCAAGGUGUGAUAGACUUUUCAUUGUAUCUCCGGUCAAGCUCGCGAAACAGUCCGGAGGAGGAAAACAAUGGUACUGUUCAUGCCAUCGAAGGUGACACCAGUGGAACGAUGACCGCAGUGCUGGACCAAAAAAACUACAUCGAGGAGCUGAAUAGGCAUCUCAAUGCCACAGUUGGUAAUCUUCAAGGCAAAGUAGAAUCUCUCACAGCAACGAAUGCUCUUAUGAAGGAAGAUAUAGCUAUCGCUAGAAACAGUUUGUUGGCUUUGCAAGCGGAAAACGCCGCAUUAAGGCGUGCAUCUCAGCAUGGUCACCCGCUGGACGAUAAAUCCAACGUCCUGGAUAGGUUUGAUCCAGAGAUGGCAGAAGCGCUAGCAGAAGAACGAAAGAAACGUCAAGAACUCGAAAAGGAAUUGGAUCUACAGAUUUCACUGAAAGCCGAAACGGAAAUGGCGAUGAAACUACUGGAAAAGGACAUCCAUGAAAAACAAGACACAAUCGUUUCUCUGAGGCGUCAGCUGGAGGAUAUCAAAUCCAUAAAUCUGGAUAUGUACCGGAAGCUUCAGGAAUGCGAAGCAUCGCUGAAGCACAAAACUGAGCUAAUGUCGCGUAUGGAAACGCAGCGAGAAUCGAUGGCCGCCGCAAUUGCACAGAUUGAGAAAAAAUACAACUCUGAAACGGCCAGUUUGAACGCGCUGCAGGAAACCUCACAGGCUCUGUCCCUCCAGGUGGUGUCCUGUGAGCAGCGAGCAACCCGUGCCGAAGCCGAUCUACGCAUCGAACGCGAAUGGCGAACCGCGAUGCAGGAAAACGAAGUCAAACAUAAGGAGCAAAUAAGCGCCCUGCAAAGCGAAGCUCGACAGAUGACCGAUGAAUUGAAGAAACACAAUCUAACCAAAUCGGAGCUAACGAAAUUGCGCAAACAGUGGGAGGAGGAUCAACGAACAUUGGAAGAGCUGGGAAUGCAGCUCAGUGUCAGCAAGCUGCAGAUAUCCGAUUUGAAAGAAAAGGUUCACUAUCAGAGCAUAGAUGGGAAACAGAACGCCGAUGCCGGUGCAAACAACGGUGGUUCAUGGACUCCGGACAAGGUUGUCUCGAACUGCCGGGGUUGUGAUAAGGAGUUCAGUAUCACCCGCAGGAAACACCACUGCCGACAUUGUGGUAGCAUUUUUUGCUCGAACUGUUCCGAACAUGUAGCUGUGAUACCGGGCGAGGCGAACGGGAAACCAGUGCGGGUUUGUGACUCGUGCUGGCAGAAAUUGGCUAGUAGUUCCGCUUUCGUUGGAAAAUAGAACGAUGAUGGGGUACAUUGUAUAUAGAAAAUUCGCCAGGACUUCCUCGUUGCUCACGAAGAGUGCAAUAAAUCGACUCGUCCAUAUAUGCGGUUUAUUCGCCAAAGGCUUCUACGGUCUGAUAUGGCGACACGUGUAGUAGUAGAAGUAGUAAUAAUAGCAAAAUACUCUGAAGUGCAAACUUGUUGAAAUGCCUUACUGACAGAAAAACUAAACAUAUUUAUAAUUUCAAAUGCAUCACGAAGCGAAAUUUAGGCAGUAGCGGUUUUAAAUCACGAAUAGAAAAUUAUUUAAAUGUGUAAUUUAAGGAAACCAUAACUUCAACCAACGUUGAAAUGAGAAAUAUAUUUAUUUAAAUAUAGAAUAAAUCAA